AUGAUGUGUUCCAUGUGGAUUUUCUGCCUGGUCCUGAGCGUGGCGGGCACAGUGUGGACUGCAGAGACCAAUGAAGGUGAAUUUUUAGCUGCUGGAGGAGGUGUGCGUGGCCCCAGAAUUACCGAAAGACAGCAAUCUGCCUGCAAAGAGACAGACUGGCCCUUCUGUGCUGAUGAAGACUGGAUCCAAAAAUGCCCUUCCGGCUGUAGGAUGAAAGGGUUGAUUGAUGAAGUCAAUCAAGAUUUUACAAACAGAAUAAAUAAGCUCAAAAAUGCAUUCUUUGAUUAUCAGAAGAACAAUAAGGACUCUAGUUCACUCACCAGGAAUAUAAUGGAACUUUUGAGAGGGGAUUUUGCUAGCUCUAACCACAAUGAUAAUACAUACAAUCAAGUGUCAGAAGAUCUGAGAAGCAGACUUGAGACCCUGAAUCGCAAAGUCACAGAACAUGUACAGCUUAUCCAACUUCUGCAGAAAAAUGUCAAGGAUCAGCUGGUAGAAAUGAAGCGACUGGAGGUGGACAUUGAUAUUAAGAUCCGAUCUUGCCAAGGGUCAUGCAGCAGGGCUGUAGCACGUGUGAUAGAUCUGCAGGACUACGAGGAUCAGCAGAAGCAAGUUGAACAUCUCAUUGCCAAAGACCUACUUCCGCCUAAAUAUAGACAAAGCCUACCACUGUUAAAGAUGAACCCAUCUUUAGAUUUGGUUCCCAGAGAGUCCAAGAUCCAGCUUCAGGCAGCCCCUCCAGAGUUUAAGGCACUCAUGGAAAUGCGGCAGAUGCAAAUGACCUUAGAGAGGUCUGGGACAGAUAAGAAUCCCCGAGGAGACUCUGCCUAUCGUGGAACAGGAUCAACACCUGAAAGCCCCAGAAAACCUGUACCUGGUAGUGGGAAUCCGAGACCUGGGAGCUCUGGACAUGGUGGUGCUGGUACUUUGAACCAUGGAAGUUUUCGGCCUGAAAGGCCAGAUGGCACAGGGCAUGGCAACACCAGGCCUGCCAACCCAGACUGGGGCACAUUUACAGAAACUUCAGAAAGUGUAAGUCCAGGGACAAAUAAAGAGUACCAUCACACAAGAGAACUGGGCACUUCCGAAGGAGGUAAAGAGCUUCUCAUUGGUGGAGAGAAGGCUACCUCGGGUGGCCUAAUCACCAGGCGCAGUUCAUGCUCUAAAACCGUUACUAAGACCACCAUCGGUGCUGAUGGCCGCAAGCAAGUGACGAAAGAAGUGGUCACCUCUGAGGAUGGUUCUGACUGUGGGGACACAACUGGUGUAGACUCGUUCCAUACAACUAGGGAUAGCUUUGACGAAUUCCGUCGUAGGCACCCUGAAGAAGCUGCUUUCUUUGAGACUGACUCAACUGGGAGAAUAAUCCCAAGUUUGUUGUCACCUGGGUUAACAGAGUUUGAGACCCACUCUCUGGGCUCAGCAUCUGACAUUUUCAGAGACUUAGAGGAAACCAGCUCUCACCUCCACGUCAGCGGAACUCAUUCCACCAAGAAAGGCCGAUCUAGACCUCGCAAAGCCAGAGGUAUCCGCCCUUUUUAG